AUACCACAGCCCCGCUCGCUGCUCAAAGGAGGAGGAGCUCCCGCUCCUCCAGUGGAAACCAAGGGCCCGAUUCGCAGCUGUGCUACUGACUGCAGUGGGAUCGGGCACCGGAUCGGCUCCGGGAUGAGGGAGGCGGGGAAAGGAGAAUAAAAACCCCAUCACCGCGGCAGCGCGAAACUCCUCCCUGCCACUUCAGCCACAGCCUCGUGGCUCCCGCCGGCACCCCGCGCCCCUCUCGCCGACCUCCCCCCGCGGUGGAGCAGCCCCCUCUCCCCCUCCCCCCGCUGCUCUAACCAAUCCCGCUGCCGGGGGGGCGGAGGCGGCGGCUGGCUCCGCAUUUGUUCGUCCCUGCGGUGCAGAUGAAGGCGGGCGCCCGCGGCGAAGCGAAGAGGGGCUCGCCGAGCGACCACAGCGCCCGGCUCCCGUUCCGGCUCCGGCCGCCCGCAAAGUUGGAGCAGGCUCGGGGCAAGGAGCACGCAGGGCUGGACGCCGCCGCGGGGCAAGGGCCAGCGCUCCCCAGGCCGCCGGCUCCGCCCUGCCCCCUGCGAUGAACGAGCGGCUGCUGCUCCUUCCCAGGCGGCUGCCGGGACCCCCAGCUGUGAAGACAAAGCUUAAGUCUGCUUAGUGUCACUCUUGCUACAGCUGACUCUCUGCCACCACAUCUUGAGGGUCAUUGCAGCUAGGCGCUGGCUUGAGGCUGCACUAGGAGCCGAACCGGUCACCAAACUGAGCCCAGGAUCAGCUUGAUGAAAAGUGAUUAGUACAAGGCUAACUACAUAUAUAAUCUGUGGCAAGGAGAACUGGGAGACUGCUAAGAGAUAGCCAUAAUGUCUUUAAGCUGCCAGACAAUUUCUACUCGACUUGGUGUUCUUAAACUGAACUGCAAAGGACUGCUAUUCCUUUCGGUCUUUACAAUAAGUGUAUGUGGCAAUGCCUCCGGGUUGUGUCCUACAGCCUGCAUCUGUGCUAGUGACAUUGUAAGCUGCACCAAUAAGAACCUCUCUAGGGUGCCAGGAACUCUCUUCAAAUUCAUAAAAAGACUGGAUCUGAGUUAUAACAGAAUUGCAUUUUUGGAACCUGAAUGGGUCCCAGUGCUUUUUGACAAACUGAACACUUUAAUAAUCAAUCAUAACAGUAUUAGCAGUAUUAUCACUGGAAGCUUUUCCACAACUCCAAAUUUAAAGUAUCUAGACUUGUCAUCCAACAACCUGAAGACAUUGGGAAGCCCUUUAUUUCAAGAGCUGAGAGUACUGGAAGUUCUCUUGCUUUACAACAAUCAGAUAACACAGAUUGAUUCUGCUGCCUUUGGAGGAUUAUACAAAUUGCAGAAGCUGUACUUAUGUUGUAACUCACUGUCACACUUCCCACUGGACUUGUAUAUUGGAAAACACAAGCUUACAGAACUUGUAUUAUUAGACAUUUCCUAUAACCACAUCCAGUCCGUACCCAUUCAACGUAUAAGUUUAGUGCCGGCCAAACGACUCAGUGGAAUUUAUCUUCAUGGUAACCCAUUUUACUGUGACUGUACUCUAUACGCCAUGCUAAUUUAUUGGUAUCACAGACACUUCAACUCAGUCGUGGAUUUCAAAAAUGAGUAUGCCUGUGUAUUACGAUCUGAUCCCAAAGGUUCCAAUAAACUGCCUUUAUUGCACGACAACUUUCUGAAUUGCUCCGAAAGCACCAUCAAUGUGUCAUUCCAUGCCUUUGGGUUUAUUCAUGAGGCCCAAGUUGGAGAAAGGCUGAUUGUACACUGUGACAGCAAAAUUAGUGAUGCAGGCACAUAUUUCAUCUGGGUUAGCCCAGACAAUAGAUUACUGGAGCCAGAUAAGGACACUGACAAUUUUAAGGUGUUUCACAAUGGGAGUUUAGAGAUAAUAGAUCCCCAGCUGGAGGAUUCUGGGCUGUAUUCAUGCAUUGCAAUAAAUAAAAGAAGACUGUUAAAUGAAACCAUAGAGGUUAGAAUUAAUGUAAGCAAUUUCACAGUGAACAGAUCCCAUGCUCAUGAAGCAUUUAACACUGCUUUCACCACCCUUGCUGCCUGUGUAGCCAGUAUUAUUUUGGUAUUGCUUUAUCUCUAUCUGACCCCAUGUCCUUGUCAGUGUAAGACAAGAAGAAGAAAAAGGAAGCUGCCCCAAAGCAGUGCCCAUUCAUCCAUCCUAAACUCCACUCCAUCUCAGGAUCCUCCAGCUGAUGAGAAGAAAUCCAGCAGUGGUAAGAGAGUGGUGUUCCUUGAGCCUGUGAACGAGCCAAAACAGGGGCAGAAUGGGAAAGUGAGACUGUUUCCCAAAGAAACUGUCAUAGCAGAGAGCAUCCUGAAAACGACCCGAGCAAAAUCUGACUCUGAUUCUGUCAACUCGGUGUUCUCAGAUACACCUUUCAUGCCAUCAUCUUAGUUUGCUUUCUGCAUUUCUAUUGUGCAGUUAAAUCUCUCAACACCACCCCUGCCUGUAGCAAUCACCUGGAAAAAAAUAAUAAAAUGUGGCAAAAAAAUGCAUCAUCAGUAGUCUUCGAGAACAGGUCCACAUACUCUUUCUGUGAUUGGGAUAACAUGCAACAACGGCACAUAGGUUAGCAUUAAAGAGUGUAUCUUCACUGCAGAAUUAACUCGGGCUCUUACCUGGGUGUUGCCCCAAUCCCCUUCCUAUCUACACACGAAAACCUCUCACCUGAGUCGAGUGGUGCCGUCAGCCCAGGCUAGCUGGCUUGUCAGGGGCAGUAGGCUCAAGGCCAAGUGCUGCUUUCACUGAGGCUAGUAACCCACCCAUUUUGCAAUGAGGACUCAGGCUGAAUCCCCACCCGAGGGCUGGUAGUCUAUUAAUGCCUUCCCACAAUUCCCCUCCAUGCGCAGGACAGACAAGUUCUCCCGCAAUUCACUGGGUAAGAAUCAUAAAGCAGCUCAGCUUACUGCAGCACACAUGGGAUAUGCCACGGCCAUCCCAGUGACACACACAGGUGAGUGCAGCACCAGUGAGGAAACAGAGGGUAUGUCUACACUGGAGAAAACCCCCCACGACAGUGAAUAUCAGAGACCUGGUCAGCUGACUCAGACUUGUGCUACGGGGCUAAAAAUAACAGUGUACACACAGCAUAGAUGCUCCCACUCAAGCUGCAGCCUGGCCCUAUGGCCCUCCCACUCUCACUGGGUCUCGGAACCCAGGCUCCAGCCCCAGCUGGAAUGUCUAUACUGCUAUUUUUAGCCUCAUAUCCUGAGCCCCACAAGCCCAAGUCAGUUGACAUGGGCUCUGAGACUCACUACCUCACUGCAGUGUAGAUGUACCCAGUAACUCAGGCCUGGCUUUUGAGGGCGGCUGCUCGCACCUGAGCUAGGCUAACCUGGCGGCUCAGACCUGGGCGGGCAUCAUCCGAGUUAACUUUGCAGUGAAGACAUACCCCAAGUGUUAACGUGAAGGUGGGGAACACUUUGCUAUGUGUUUUCCAGAUAUCAGUUGUGGGGAGAACAUGUUUGCUGUAGAUGAUACUGUCUUUUCAAUCAGUGUGCUUAUAAGAAUCAGUACCUUAAAUAUAUAGAGCUGGGUGUAAAUUUGAAUAUCAGGGAACAGAACUGCAGUCAGUGUGCCUCCAAACAGCCCUUAUCAAACCUCUUUCCAUCCUCUAAGCAUUCAGUUUGUAAAGGAAUAAAUGAAGUUACACAAGCCAGAAUAUUCCAGAGUGUGUGUAUGUUAUCUUAAUCAUUUUGUAUAGUAAAUGUUUAUGGCCAGGCACAGAAAAUCUGUUUACCUCUUACCAUUUUAAACAUGUAACUAAAUGGGGAGGGUGGAAAUCCUCCUCACUUUUCUUAUAAUUAAAUCCAUGGGAUUGCUCAUGAAAAUAAGGUGAGCAGAUUUGUCCAAUCAUGUAUUGCAUGUUUGGGAUCCUGCACUCUUUAUUCAAGCAGUUCAACUCCCUUUGAGGUCAGUAACAAAACUUCCAUUGACAUCACUGAGAGCAAGUCUGGGCCCAUUGUUUAGCGGAGGGUUCUUCCCCCCUAAUUUUGGGCUGCUUUUUGCUUUGUCCUUUCAAAGGCAUAAAAUGUUAGUGUUCUGUAAAAUUUGCUUUUAAAGAUUGGCAUUAGAGAAUCAACUAUAACAUUUGGGCCCAAUCCUGUGAGGGGCAAUAAAUCCUCAACUCACUGGGCACAUCUACACUGCAGUCAUGGAGCAUGACUAUAACUUGUGUAGUCAUAUCUGAGCUAGCUUUCUACGUGAGCUUCAGCAUGGGUUAACUACAUGAGUAAUUACGCAGGGUCACGGCUCUGAUACCUGAGUUAGCUAGAUUAAAACUAGUGUGGUUAUGUCUACAUGAACUGCAGUCAUAUUUUGGCAUGGCAGUGUAGACACAGCGUUAGUCAGCAGCUCACAGGAUAGGGCCCUUAUUUUGAACCUCUUGUCUUUCAUACAGCUUGUUUCCCAAAACAAUUUAGAGUUAAUUACUAGGUAGCACACUGUAUUGUAGUCCUUAAAAUAAUAUUAUAAAAACGUACACAAAGCUUUAACUAUUUUCAUUUUCUUCUAGUUUUCAUUGGGCUAGACUUUACGACCCUUACUCACCCUAAGUAGUACCUAACUCUGAGGAGUCUCAUUGAAAUCAACAGGUCUCUUCAGAGUUAAGGUACUCUACAAUGUACGUUUUACAGACCCUUGCCCUUUGUAUCAAGGGGCCAAAUGAUGUAAGUGGUUGAACUUUGUUCCAUUGACUCUAAUUUUAAUAGUAAUUUACUACUUUUGUGGUUUCAGUGGAAUGGCUCCUGUUUACAUUAUACUGAAUUUUGGCCCAUGAUAGCCAAAAAUAUAACAACUAAUUUGCUAUGAAAAAAAAUCAGGAUGUAUCUAGUUGUUUGACAGCCACCUAUCUAGAAAACAAAUUAAACCAUGAACCAGUGUUGCUGUGAUGUACACAAUGUAGGAGGAAAAGAGGAGGAAUUGGAAAGCUGAUUGAAAUCAUUAGUAUGUUUGCUUCCUUGAACACAUGAAACCAAAAUCAGAUACAUGAUUAUUUAAAUUCUUUUGUAGAGACUGAAUAAUGGGGAUGUAGGUAUAAAAGAUCUCAUUUUUUACUUUGAACAAAAUAUAUUAAACAACUGCUCAUAUCUAAGAUAUAAGGCUUUUAGCAUCCUUUCCAUACAUAUAUCUGUAUUUUGUAAUACUUUAUAUAUAUAUAUAUAUAUAGCUAAUCAGUAGCCCUACAUAUAGUAUCUGUUAGUAAAUAAUUCUGGGACAAAUCUUGUUUCCACUGAAGUCAAUGGUAGAUUUGUCAUUGACCUUUAUGAGAGGAAGAUGUGCCCUUUAAGAAGCUGUCUCUUGCUUGAGGAUUUUUUGAUUAGAAAGAAGAUAGAAAUAAGCCACAUGAUUUCCCCAUGAUGUGCCAUAUGUGCAUGGACAUAUUCUGUACUGUCCAAGAAGGAGCAAAGUGACUGAAACAGAGGAUUGAAUACAAAAUGGUAAGACGGAAGGGAAAAGCCAGAGGUAAAGAGUAUCUGAUUUGUAUGUAUUUGGCCUAUUUUUGUUAACUGAGUAUUGCUAGAAAAGGCUGUACAUUUUGGUACAAACAAAUUGUACCUUAAAAUAUAGGUUUAAUUUGCUUAGGUUAGUAGCAUGGGAGUGCGUUUGAUUUUUUUAUAAAAGUGCUAAUGGAGUCAAAUCCAAAAUAGAUUGAAAAGCAAAACAAAUUGCUACCACUGUCCAUCCAAAUAGCUGAAUAUCUAAAGCAAUGUUUGACUGUGUACGCUCACUUGCCUGUUCAUAACACAAUACUUGCACUUAUACUAUAUGCUGAAUUAACUAUAUGUACUUUAAAGCCAUGUUUUAGUAAAGGGGAAACUGACUCUGCACCCUUACUCCUGGAGAAAUUAUAUCCCACUGCAGAGCAUAAGAAUUUGCAGAGUCAGACCCAAACCGUCAACCUGCUGUAACAGAGAGUGAAUGUAGUUCUAAGCAUCAGAUGUUUGUUGUAAAUGUUAACUGUUCAUAUAUUAGUCCCUGCUUUAAAAUGCUCAGAUGUGUGAUUAUACAUCUAAGAAACUGGGAUUAAGAAUCUUUCCUAACAAUGUAGCAAUAUUAACACUCUGGGUGAGGCCUAUUAUUUCCACAUCUCUCAACUUUGGAGUUAGUUAAGUGGUUGCAGCUUUAAUAGGAAGAACAUUUUUAAAGAAAUCCUAUCACUUCAAUUUACUUUAAUACUUACAAUACAACAAUAGCACUGCACCUGUAAACCCAGCCUGCCUAGCACAGAGCGUGAGCUAUCUAUAUCGUUGCUCCAAUGCUCACUCAACACAACGAGCCACCCUGCAUCUGAGGGGACCCAACAUGCAGUGGAGUAUGACCCCCUGGCAUAAACAAGGAAACUCUAUCCUCUUGUAUAUACAAGUAGGUCCCAACAUAGAAUCUUUGGAGAUAGCAAAAUGCCCAGAUUGAGGAGUUAGGAUUAUACCGUACUAACUCUAACAUCCCUGAUCAAGUGACGGAUAAGUUCCAGAGUUGCCCAGCUGAAUCCAUGACUGAAUUGUCCAUUAGCCGCAGGCUCUCUUUUCCUAAUAUUGUAUUAAUAUCGCCAACCACAAUUAAAGAGCUAAAUUAUCCCUUUGAUGCACAGUGAACAUCCCACUGCCACAAAGUCUCCAACCUGUGCACCACCUUUUGAAAGAGUACAGCAUGAGCCACUCCCACAAAGGCCACAUGACCCCAAAGGGGUCUAGCAUUGCCUGUGGGAGCCUAGCGGCAGCAACAGCAUUAGACUCCUAUUGCCCUCCCUGUGGCCAAGGUACAAGUAUUGUGGGAAAGGCUUGUUUAUGUCCACCCCCACCCCCUUACAAUAUGAACAGUUUAACAAGGCUUGGUCUAAUCAAACCUUGAUCAUAUAAUUAACAAUAAAUACAGUAUAUUUAGUUAUUUCCCACCCCAUACCUAGUCACAGCCCAGUUGUUAACAAAGGCCCUAAACCAGUCAAGCUGAAACUUAAGAAUGUGUUUAUUUGCUUUACUGAAUCAGGACCUUAGUCUUUUUAGGUUCUGAUGCUACAUCCACCACCAAUCAUCUUAGGACUUAGCCUUCUCCCAAAACAGAAACAAACGUCCAAAGUGGGAGAAAAAAUUCACACAGUUUCAUAUUUUCUGACACUUACUGAGCAGGAUGAUGAAAACAAGGCAAACAUCCCUCCUCUUAACCCCAGUCAUGCACAUUCUAAUUAGAGGCCAGUAGAACAGAGAAACACCUCUGUGAUACCUAUUUAACAAUUGCCACCUGAGUAUGGAUUCCUUUAAAAAUUGCAUUUUGAAGACUUCUAAUUAUAGCAUCACUGUACUGUAAUUCACUAAGGCUCUUCUUAGAUGAAAACCAUCUUAGGGCUAAAUUGUGGCAUAGCUGCAAUUUUGUUCUGUGGCCAGUACAGUAUGCUCUGGACUGGAGGAUGCAGAGAGGAAGCAUGACUGCUCAGCUGCCCCUUAUGAGGGUGUAGAAUGCAUGUGCCUAUGUGGAUAGCUAAAACCACUAGUCCCCUCUACACUCCUUUUGUAUGCCUCAGCGAAGUGGAGUGGCUGCAAUUGUAGCUGGCUCUUUGCCAGUUGCCUGGGAGAGAUUUGGUUGGCCCUAAGUAUUUCCUGUGUAAAAAUUGGCCUUACUGAUGGUAGAAAAUUAUGUUGUUGCCAGAUGUAUGUAAAAGACCCGGAUGGGGUAACUAAUUAUAUAUUAUAUACUUAAAUUUUAAAACAGCUGAUAUUUUCCAAGCUGCUGUAAGUGGUAAGAGCUGGCAUCAGUAGCUGUCAGUUUCUAAGCAGGCAGAACAUAUACUUCAUCUGUGGUUGAACAGUUUAGACCACAUACAAAAAUUUUCACCUUUCUGGUGAAAAAUGGUUGGAUCAUUUUAAAAUACAUAUAGCUAAAAGGAUUCUCUCUUCGAUGUUCAUGUACGAGUAUCAGUUCCUUUGUAAGAUCUGGUUGACUGAUUUUUUUUUCCCUUCCACAUUCCUAAUGUAAAUAUCUUUGGAAGGUGGGACUGACAAGAAGGUAUCAAAAUGGUCCAUCACAAAAAUGGAAUAUAAACAAUUCAAAGAUUUGUUUCUGGAAAUGUGAAAUUAAAUGGCAUCCUGAAGUUUCUGGAAAGGUCUUAUAUUGUAAGCAAGAAGAUUAUAUUUUCCUGUCCUUAUUUAAUAGCUCUAAUUUAAACAAAUUAUUAUUAUAACUCUAAAUUCCUGUAUUAUAUUUUCAUGGGUGUGAUAUAUACUUUUUUUCUGUACAAACUUCUUAUUUUUUGUAUUUCUUUGUAAAUUACAUUGACAGGAAAUAAAUAUUUUCCCAUUUAA